CCGUGUAUUCCAUGGAAAUUUACUGUUUUUACAACCGUACAACCGUAACAUAUAAACAUAUAAUUGUUUGAGUUGUUUGACAGGCAUGAUUAAUUUGAAAUUUCAGGCCUGCAAUCGAGUGCAUUAAAAAGAAGAAAAUAGAGGCGUCAACGGAAUCUGUUGUAUCAUAGUAAGAAUAAUGGCGGCGAGCGAGGAGAGGCUGAGGAGGUGGUUUGAAUCCGUGGAUGUUAAUAAAACGGGCAACAUAAACGCUGCACACCUCAAAGAAGCUCUGGCCGCUGGCAAUCUUCAUUUCUCAGACUCCGUGGUACAGCAGAUGAUAAGGAUGCACGAUGCUGACAGAAACGGGAUCAUGAGUUUUGAAGAAUUCGUGGUUCUAAACAGGUUUCUUUCAAAUGUACAAAAUGCCUAUGCUAUUAUGGAAAGGGGAUCUGGGUUUUUGACAUUGAGCGAUGUGUAUGAGGCCUUGCUGAAAGCUGGAUAUACUCUUGACCAGCCUGCUUUUUAUACUGUUUGUCAGAGCUUCGAUCGGACUAAACAGGGGAGGUUCCGUCUCGAUGACUUUAUUUCACUUUGUAUUUUUUUACAAUCUGCCAAGAAUUUGUUCACAACUUUUGACACCACAAAGCAGGGUCGAGUUACACUAGAUUUUAACCAGUUCGUCUAUUGUGCUGCAAAUUGUAGAAUUUGAGUUUCCGUGGAUGUAUUCAAAAUGUAGCAACCAGGAUAUGAUUGCCCUUCAAGUUGGAAGGAAUGGUAUAUUAGUUUUAUUAAACGCUGUUUGACACUGCCUCAAUUGUUCUAGUUCAUUGAGACUUAUACUGAGAUAAUUCUUCAAGCAACACACUUGCUAUGUAAUUUCAGUGAUGUAUUAUAUUUAAUGCUUUUCUCUUGUUGUUU